CCCACAGUCAUACAUUCAAGGUUUCACGGGAGACAACUGUUUACCUCGAGAAAAAUCUCUAUCGUUUGAAUUGAAAGCCUUGAAUUUGAAUUGAAGCCUUGAGUCGUGAUAAAAUAAGCUGAGCGGUAUAAGCUCAUCCAUUCAAUCCGGCGCCAUUUGAUAAAAUGGAUUACAAAACUGUAACUCAUUAAGGUAGCGAGAGUCGAGGAACGAGGCUUACCAUUGGGAACGGAGUAGGUUCUUAAGGUCCACCUGCCAUCAGCAUGUCCAAUGUGCAAAGGCCUAUGACGAGGGUGAUACCAAUCCCCCAAAACAAGGUUGGACUUGUUAUAGGGAAAAAAGGAUCACAAAUACAGGAGAUAAGAAAUCAAACUGGAGUCAACAUAACCGUCAAAGACAAUCAUGCCCAUCUGAGAGGCACAGCAGAACAAUGCCAGCAUGCGGAGACAAUGAUCGAAGAGAUUCUGACGAGACCUUACAACAAAAAAGGCGGGUUCAAGAAGCUCAACGUAACAAUACCCGAGAAGUUCAUGGGUUUCGUCAUUGGAAAAGGACGUGAGAAUCUCAACAACAUCGAAACUAGGACAGGCGUAGCCCUAAAAGUCAUUGAUAAUCACCUGCACUUUAAAGGAUCAACUAAACAAGAAAAGAAAGUGAUACGAGAAGUAAGGAACAUGGUGAAAACUAGAAAGAAAAGUAACGCUAUAAGAUUUGUUCAUGUGGACACAGCACAUUUAAAAGAAGGCCAUGCGUUAAAGCUGUCCAUUGCACAACCGUCACCAAAUACCAUGGUGGGGCUAAAGUGUUUCAAACUAGACCUUGAGGACGAUCCUUUAGUAGAGGAAACACCCUCAGGUUUUGCGGAUAUGGAAAGCCUGAAAGAAAAGAUGCUAGGAAUUUUGAAGCAAAUUCACAAAGAGAAGGAGGAGGAAAUGGUCAUAGUAGAUAUUUGGUGUCAUUUUGGUCACGCAUACCUUAUCAAUGUUGAUGAAGAUGAUGAGAAUGACCUCUUCACCCUGGAGGAGCUUAAAGAUAGAAUUGAAUCAACGGCUGGCGAUCGUUGGAAGACUUUCUUCUCGGAAGUUGAGACAAUUGAAGUUGAACAGAUUGAAAAGUAUCUGAGAGAUUGCGCAUGCACAACCAGUGAUGACAUCCGCUACGACCUCACCUUCUUCACUCCAUCUGGGUUAGAAGUUCGAGUUAAGGUAUGGCUCAUAGAAAAAGAACUUGGAGCCGAGGGCGCUUCAGCGUCUUCCUUUGCGUUCCGUCACAGCGCUCCACUUCCCGUCCGAAACGCCUUGACACACGUCUUGCCCGUCGAGCAUAGUGGAGAUGCAUCGAACUCGCCAAUUUUUCACAUCUGUGAGACAUUUCAUCAAAGAAUGAAACUCGACAUUCUAAUGCCGUCCGCAGGAUUUGAUUGCCGUUUGAAAAUAAGAACAUUUCCAAAGUCUCCAAAAACAACGACUCUUCAAGCAGAAGAAGAGCGCAACAUUUUGGAAAAAUACCUCAUGGAGAUGAGCAUUGAAGAUGGUCAACUGACGUUUCCACCAAUUUCCAAGCUACCAGAUGGGUUUGACCUAUUUUAUCAGCGCCGCAGCCUUCGAAAGACAUAUCAGUAUAAAUAUGAUGGAGACAUGUUUACUUUAACUGUUUGCAAAGACCAGUCAAAAGAAGUGAAUCCCGACCAGACUGAUGCGUACAGUUUCAAUGAAUCAGAAGCGAAGCCUGAUGUUCAUCUCCACUGUGAAGAAUGGGACCAAGUACUAAAUGAAGGAAACUGGGAACCAGAGCAGAUCAUUGCCAAGCUUCCUAAAUUCUUAGAGUUUCUAAGGAAAGUUCAGGGAAUUUUGCCCCACAGUAAUAGCAAGUGACGAGUGAUUUCAGCGAAGAGCGAGCUUUAUAGACCCCCCCUCCCAAGAUACUUCACAGCAAGAUGCGUCUGUUUAGUGUGUUACCUAACCUGGUUGUCCUACGAGUUAGUCAGGAAAGUUGAUCAGCCAUUUCAUGACCUACCUUUCUAUAAAAAUUUUAGAUGGCCUUCUACCCUGUAUAGUCUGUUAUCUAAAAUUAUGAUUUUGUGACAGACAGACAGACAGACAGACAUGCAAAUAUUUUGUAUUGGGUAUGUAUAAUUUAUCAAAAGUUUGUAUUACUUGAUUUUAAAUUAGUCUCAAACUUGCUCUGACUGGUCAAAAAAAAAAUUGUAAGGAAUUUCUUACUGCUUAGUAACACUGACAUUCAGUAAACAUUGUGACAGCCUUUUUGAAUUAGAGUUACCAAAAACAAAAACUGCUAUUAUUGAUCAAAGAAGAAUUUCUUGGAUGCCUAUCUGAAGAUAUAUGUAAACUUAUUUGUUAGGAAGCGAAACGAGAAAUCCAAACAAACACUUUAAAUCCAACACGGUAAACUGUAGACUCACGGUAAACGACAACUACCAUUA